UUGGAGCCGGAGGGCUCAUGUAUUACCCCAACAUAGAAACGCUAAAUUAAUCAUAUAGACACAAUCAUUACGAUUGGUAAUGUUGCGUAAUUCAAAACAGCAAAAAAUAUAUUAUUACGGCUGCAGUCUCCAUCUUGUAUGUUUGUACAUACUGCUGGACAGUGUGCGAGAAGAUUUACUGGACAUGAUAGAUUACAAAUCGUAGCUUUGUAUAAUAAAAAAAAUAUCGUUACAUCCGUAGACUUAAGGAUCUAAGAGCGAUUUGGAUGACCUAGGAUAUCCCGAAUGAUCUGAUACUGUCUUUUGAACUACCAGAAGACUUUGGGCCUGAUAGAUUACAAAUCGUAGCUUUGUAUAAUGAAAGAAGUUACCGUUACACAUGUAGACUUUAGGAUCUAAACUUUGGAACAGUUUGGAUGACUUAUGAUAUCCAGAAAAACAAAUUUUGCAUCAUAUUCUACCUUUUCUAUGCUAUUGAGCACCAAAACCACAGAUAUACGUAGAAAAAACUCUAUAAUAAUGCCUGGAAAAAAUCCGGCUUCAAAGUGUUAAGAGGACUUUUUCGAGUAGAACAUUUUAUCAAUUGCACAGGGCUAAGGAGAACCCCGCGUGCCACUCUGUAUUGAUUUGAUCGAAAAGCAAACCAUAUUCUGCCUUACCAACCAUUAGCAUUUCAGUGCAGUCUUGAAACAUGUUGGAAGAAUUUUUAAAAUCGCUUACAUAUUUUCUCGACAAUUGUUCGAUCCAUGGCCUACGAUACCUUGGUUCAAGAUGUAAUCUCUUGGGAAAGUGUGUGUCGUUUUGUAAUAUUUACCCCGUAAUGAAACAAAACUAUAUUCAAUUAUUGCAGAACGUUUUGGCUGAUUAUGAUAACAUGCUCAUUUACAUCAAUGAUACUGAUUUUGCACUAUACUUUGGAAAGUUUUGAUGAAACGGUGACUAUCAACAUCGAAAAUUCGUAUUUGAGAUGGAACAAUACAUUUCCAGCUACUUCAAUAUGUUACGCAAAAGGACGAAGUUUGAAGUCUAUUCAAACGUUUUUGGAAACAUAUUGGGCAGAAAAGAAUUUGACCAAGCCAGCAAGAUUCUCCAGUUUCCUACGUCUUGCGCAAAAGUAUUUGUUUGUAAGCCCCAGUAAUAACAUCGAGCAUAGUGCUACAAUAUGUAACGGAAUGAACGAAACGUGCAAUCUCGAUCUCGAAACUAUGCAAACACUGUUUUUCCCAAAAUCAUGCACGGACGUUUUCAUCAAUGUUUGGUUUCUUGGAAAACCGUAUCGCUGUGGAGAUAUUUUCAAGCUGUUUUAUACGGAAAUGGGGUUCUGCUUUAUAUCGAACAGUAUCUUUUCUUAUGAUAUGAGCUAUGAAAAACUGCCCUUACGGUACACAUAUGAAAAUACGAAGAAGACCUUCGAAUUCCGAUACAAAGAAAUAGAUGCAAUUAACUUUGAGCUUUUCAUUCAUAGCCCGGAAGAACUUCCUUACUCUUUGAUGCCACCGUUCAAACCUCGUAAAUAUGGCGCUUUUAUGCAUUACACUCUGAAUACUAUCGAAGUGUACAACCAUGAGGACGUAAAGCAUGAACCGAUUAAAAAACGUGAAUGCCGAUUUCCACAUGAAAAUAUAACGAAAACCUUGCCGUAUAGCUUUACGAAUUGUUUUCUUCUUAAAAGAAUUGAGAUGGAACUUGCCCAAUGCAAUUGUACAAUUCCGACAUCACCGAUAGAAUAUAAAUCCAAAUACUGUAACUUUACCGGACUUGAUUGCAUUGCAAAUGCUCAAGUAUUGGUAGCAGUCAAGAAGAACCUUUUCGGCGGAGAAGAACCAUGUAUCCAGUCGUGUUUGGAAAUGGAGAUAAAUGUUUUGGGGGAAAACACAUUCAAUAUGAGAGAUCCAAAAGCACCGGGGCACGUUAUAUUGGAGAUAAUGAACAUACCAACCAGUCGAUACGAGAGAUCAGUGUCGCAUACUAACCUCGAUUUUAUAGUGUCCCUUGGUGGUGUUGGUGGAUUGUUUUUCGGUGUAUCAUUAUUGAGCAUUGUGGAAAUUUUCUAUUUUUGGUUGCGACGGUCGUUCCAGUAAAAGCAAAUGUAAUGCUUCGUUUAA